AUGCGCCAUGAAGGUAUAUGUACCGGCUCGAUUUCUCUCAGAUGGAUCACAAUCGUUGUUCUUCUUCUACAACUACUACUACGGCUUAAGGCUCACCCCAACGCCCCUCAGCCCUUUCCCGGAGAUCCCUACGCGGGAUGGUAUCGCGCCCCCAAUGGCCAGCGCUAUUUUGGAUUCGGGACUGUUAUCGAGGUCGGCGUUAACCACGACGGCAGCCGCUACGUCGAGGUCGAGCCCGAACAACAUCAUCCAGGCGCUGAAUUCGACUUCUUCGACCCCUUCACCGACGAGGACAUGGACGAGAAUCUCUAUCCAGACUGGGAGGAACGCGAGGAGUGUUGCGAACGCGACAAGUUCUUCAGCGACAGCCAAGACCUAGAGCCCGGCAGCAUAGCCCCGGGCCAGUACAUGUCCGCCAGCGGCACGAGUUAUUACGGCCUUGGGAAGGUUGUCUGCGCCACCAGGACAAAGGCGGGUGUGUUCGGAUGGUAUCAGGUUGAGCCAAUGCGCGGUGGGUACCGGUUCUGGUCGGAAACUUCUGGUACCCUGAUCCCCGACGAGGACCUGCCGCGGUCUCCCUACUCCGGUAGCAAGGAGACGCAACAGCGAGAGAAUAAGGACCGACCGCGGCGGCCGAACUAUUUUAAGCUUCGAGGUUGGUACGGCGGGUACGCGAACCAGGAGAUAAACAUGCGCAAAGCCAAGGCGAAGUUAGGCACAGAGCGUCUGGGUGUGUACUUUGCACCAGACGGGCAAUGGUUUGUCGGGGUUGGCAAGGUUGUUACCAUUGGGAUGACGACGGUCGCUAACUCGAACCUGUUCUAUAUCUAUGUCGAGCCCAUCUCAGGCAAGUCCGGCGGUGAAUAUGACUUCUUCCAUCCUCAUACUUGUGAGUGGAUGGACGAGCUACCAAGCAAUCCGAUCCCUGGAGUGGCCUGCACGACAGCUCAGCGCAAGACCCUGCCUCCUCGCUGGCGAGCUCUCCCUGCCAUCAACCGUAGGCCUGACAUAGGACAGGAGUACCCAGGUCGAUACUUUCCACCUGGUGCGCCUAGACGAGCCGUCUAUGUUGGUGUUGGCAAGGUGGUCAAGACAGGGGUGGACACGAACAGUAAGAUCUGGGUGGAGGUCGAGCCUAUCCCCGGAAAGAGCGGAGGGAACUAUGAGUUCUUUGACCCAUUCACGGGCAAGACCAUGCCGGACGAGUACUGGCCGGACGAGGAGUGA